UGGGGCGUGGAGGGAGGCGGAGGUCGGCCGGCCGGCUGGAGGUGGGUUUGUUUGGGAACAGCCUCGCGGAAUCCCAGCGCUGGAACAAAGAGGUGGAUGAGGAGGUGCGAACUCCUUGCCUGGCAAGCUAUACAAAAUGUUCUCCCGAUUAAGAAUAGCUGUUUCCCCCUGCAUCUUGGCACACCGUGGCAUACAUACGAGAGAGAAAGGCAAGCUCUUGAUGCUGAACCCCAGGACAAACAAGGGUAUGGCUUUUACCUUAAAAGAACGACAGAUGCUGGGGCUUCAAGGACUCUUACCUCCAAAGUUUGAGACGCAGGACAUCCAAGCUUUACGUUUCCAUAAGAACAUAGCCAAAAUGACGGAUCCCUUAGAGAAAUACAUCUAUGUGAUGGGAAUCCAGGAAAGAAACGAGAAGCUGUUCUACAGGAUUCUACAAGAUGAUAUCGAACAAUUAAUGCCGAUUGUCUAUACCCCAACAGUAGGCCUUGCGUGUUCCCAGUAUGGGCAUAUUUUUAGACGGCCAAAAGGCUUAUUCAUUGCCAUAACAGAUAGGGGCCAUAUCCGAUCUAUUGUGAACAACUGGCCGGAAAAUGAUGUGAAGGCUGUUGUCGUCACAGAUGGAGAACGCAUCUUGGGCCUUGGGGAUCUGGGAGUAUAUGGAAUGGGAAUCCCAGUUGGCAAGCUCUGUUUAUACACAGCCUGUGCUGGAAUACGACCUGAUAAGUGCCUUCCUGUAUGUAUUGAUGUUGGAACGGACAAUCAGACACUUUUGCAAGAUCCAUUUUAUAUGGGACUGUAUCAGAAACGAGACCGCUCACUGCUUUAUGAUGAGUUAAUUGAUGAAUUCAUGGAAGCCAUUGUAGGCAGGUAUGGCCAGACCACCCUCAUUCAGUUCGAAGACUUUGGCAACCAUAACGCCUUCCGCUUUUUGAGGAAAUACCGAGAAAAAUACUGCACUUUCAAUGAUGACAUACAAGGGACGGCGGCGGUUGCUUUGGCUGGAUUAUUGGCAGCGCAGAAGGUGAUUGGAAAGCCCCUCACCGAACACCGGAUCCUCUUCCUCGGGGCAGGAGAAGCUGCCCUUGGAAUUGCAAAUCUCAUAGUCAUGGCUAUGGUGGAAAAUGGCCUUUCUACGGAAGAAGCUUAUAAGAAAAUUUGGAUGUUUGAUAAAUACGGCUUAUUGGUUCAGGGCCGGGAGCAAGCGAUAGAUGUCAACCAGGAGCCCUUUACUCACCCAGCUCCAGAGCACAUGCCAAAAUCUUUCUUCCACGCAGUGAAUGUGCUUCAGCCUUCUGCUAUUAUUGGGGUUGCAGGAGCCGGGCGGCUUUUUUCUCAUAAUGUCAUCAAAGCGAUGGCCGACAUCAACCAGAGGCCCAUAAUAUUUGCACUGAGUAACCCUACUGCAAAAGCAGAAUGUACCGCUGAGGAGGCAUACACACUAACAGAGGGGCGUUGCCUUUUUGCGAGCGGCAGUCCAUUUGGACCCGUGAAGCUGAGCGAUGGCCGGUCCUUCAAACCAGGCCAGGGAAACAACGCCUACAUAUUUCCAGGUGUGGCUCUUGCUGUUGUCCUGAGUGGUGUUCGGCACAUCAGUGACGAAGUCUUCUUAGAAGCUGCAAAGACGUUGACAGAGCAGCUGAGCGAGGAAGAGCUGGCAGAGGGAAGACUUUAUCCCGCACUAGCCAACAUCAGAGAAGUUUCCAUUAACAUUGCUAUAAAGGUCAUGAAAUAUUUAUAUGCCAACCACAUGGCGUUCCAUUACCCAGAGCCUGAAGACAAGGCUCAGUACAUACGAUCAAGAAUCUGGAGUUAUGAGUAUGAAUCCUUUCUGCCAGAUGUGUAUGACUGGCCAGUGUCUACAUCCUACUCAUCAGACACAUACUGACUUGCUCAGAGGCAUGCAACAUCCCCGAGGGGUAUCUGAAAUUCUGUUGGGAACCCCUUUCCAGAACAAAAUUUGAAGUAGGACAGCCUGAGACUUAAAACUUCCUUUUUGUGCUAAACAGUUGAGCCAGGCACAUAACUGUCACUUGGUUUACUUCCUAUGUUGGAUUUCCUCUCUUCUGAGGUGCAUUCCUAUGGGCAAGUUGGUUGCCUGAAACAGAGUUGAAAUUUAAUACAUUUUCUAUUCUUCCCAGGAAGCUAAUUGAACAAAAAUGGGAAACCCCUUAAUUCUUUUUAUCUUUCAUUGUUGGUCUGCUGUGUGCUAAAGCUUUUUCUGUACUGUCCCAUUUCAGGCUGUAAGCUGCAUGGGUUUACCUCACUGAAUGCUUCCCCUGAGCCAGGUUCAUGGAAGACAGAACGUUAGCAAGUCGAGGAGAGAGGGUUGGCCUAGCGUUCUUCUUGCUAUUUUGUUUUUACUUCCAGAGAUGUCCCUUUUCAUGGGAGAAGCCUCCAGAAAUGCUCUCCUCCCUCUGUAGUCUAGAAAAAAAUUCACUUCUUCAUUCUGCUGGAAGCAUAAAUUGAUGACCAAAUCACGCCAUCCAUUUUUAUACCGAUUCUGUUUGCAACCUUGAUGGCUCCUGCCUCUGUCCUAUGUGCUGAAUUUUGUAGCAUGAGUUGCACGAAGCCAGAUUUGCUGAAAAGAGAGGCUUUCCAGCUUCCUUGCUCUGUACAGAGUUGUUCCUCCCUAGAUUCAAACAUAUAAUUCUGUCCUACUUAGCUCUGCAGGUUUUUUCUGAAUUUUUUUUUUUUGCUCUGGGAAAUAUCAUUGUCAGCAAGCAAUGCUGCCAUCUCCAGGAUCCGUGUGCGUUUGUGUGCUGGCGUCUCUGAAUUCUGCAGUGAAUAAUGCAACUUUGGUAUUGGCACUUGCUACAUAUCACCUCCCUGACAUUUGUUAUACAAAGGGGCUAUUUCCCCCCCUCUAUUUUGUCUUUUCAAGUGAUUUUUUUUGUUCUGCGUACUUAGAUUGCAACACUCCUUAAUCUGAACCCCAUGACUGCUGCUUUCCCCCCCCCCCGGUCUCUGUCUCAUUGAUCUAAUAAGGGGGGGGGAACAUGUGCUUCAUUGCCCCACUCUGUGCCCUAAACGAAGCACACCUCACUCCAACGAAAAGUAUUUCUUUUUUAUCUCCAGCUAACCUUGGUUUGUGACAUGCCUAUAUAUGUUAGAUCUGGGAUCUUCUUACCGUUAUUUAUUUAUUUAUUUGCCCAUUGACCUUGCUAUGUUUCUGGGAACCCGUUAAGAAUGUAAAAGCUGCCCUCUUGGAUAAGUCAAUCUUCAGUUGGCCUGUCCAACAAAAACGACAGUAACAAUAACCUCUCCAUUUCCUCCCGUGGUGUGCUAGGUGUGCUAGGUGACAGUGCAGUGUGAAAAGGUGGAAGUUUUGCUUUUUACUUCAUUCAUCGCAGGAUGAGCGGCCCAGCCUCUGUUUUCUCAAGGAAGCACAAAACCACGAAGAGCGCAGAGCAAGUGUCGCUGACAGAAAUGCCCCCAAAGCAUCUUGCUUAACAUGAUCAGGAAGGAAGACGGUCUCAAAAUGUCACUGCUCCUCAUAAUUAAAGCCCUUUGCUGCCUCCAUGAAAUGUCUGCGGAGCAAAAGGAUUUUAAUGUGCGUUUUGACAUUUACCUGACAUAAUUCCACCCUAAGGGUGAGGCCUGUUAGAUAUGUGGUGCCUCUUAAAGUAAGAACGGGCGCAGUGCAGUCUUUUCAGGUAGCAGGAUGAAUUUUCACAUGAACUUGGCACCAGCCACAUUCCCAGAUAGGGUGACUGAGACUCCUGUGCCUAGAUUUAGCCCAGAAUCUUGGAAUUGUAGUCUCAAUGCAUCUAGGACGGCAGAUUGGAAAAGGCUGGGGGAGACUCUACACUUCAACUAUGUGUGGUAACUAUUUAGAAACUUUGCAAUCUUUUGUUUUACAGUGCUGGACUGAAACAUUUUGAAUAGAAGUUUACUUGGACCCCCCCCUUUUUUUUUUCAAUUUGGUUAAUUCGGAAGGGACUGAAUGGUGACUUUGUACCCUGUUUUCUCACAGACUCUUUCAGAAAAGUGUCCUGCACCAUUAGCAAUUUUCCUUUGCUUUCCUCUUCCAUAUAGUGUAGAAAUAUCAGUGAAACUGUAGCAUUUUAUAUAUGGCACUUCAACGGCGCCAUACUUAAAUCAGUUAUAACUGCCCAAUGGGAUGAUGUCUAUUUGUAAUUUAAGCAAUCAUAAGGAAUAAUAUGGGGUACUUUUUUGGAGAACUUUAACAUUCUCAGAAGACUUUAAGUAUCUGAGAAAUAAUUGGGAAAGAAUUCAGUUUCAGAUUGACGUUAUGCUCCGUUCUUGCCCUGCGUGCAUGGCUUUACAAUCAUGUACUUGUGGAAGAUGCUUGUGUGCUCUUAAGAAAACGUUUUAUAGGGGUCCAAGAAAUGAAUAUGAAUGGUGUAGUUGACCAGUGCCUGAGUCAACUACAUGGGGUCAUGUUGUUCAUGAGGACAGCACAUACCUUUUAGACAAAUUCAUAAUGACUUUCCACUAGUGGACGGGAAUUCAUACUAGAAAAUGCUAGCAAUAUUUGUUAGACUGCAUACUUCAGUAUAAACUCAAGCACAAUGAUAUUUUAUCCCAUAUGCGCCUACAAGGUUCACAAUCAGGUUGUCCCAGUCUGGACUGUGCCACCAGCUAUGCUGGUUCUGGGAUUUUAAGAGUCAAAGUUCAGUCCAUCUAAAGGAGGUUAAAGUUUAAGAAAGGCCCUGGAUAUCUUAAGCUGAACAUCUAAAACACCUACAGCAGAACAUAGCUAUCCGCAGUGUUUAAUUGGGAUAGCUAGCUUUGAACAUACGAUCUGUUGACACUCAAUAAAUAUGUAGUUGGCUGAAUUGAAGCAAAGUACGUGAAUUAAAUAUUUUUGUCAGAUGAUGUGUCUCUUGUUGACUGAUACUUCUUGAGACAUAAAAAUCCCUACAAGGAGAGAAAGCUGCCUUGAACUGUUGAUUUCAGUUCUGCAUGUGCUGGGAAAUAAUAAUAAUAAUUAUUAUUGUUGUUGUUGUUAAAAAAUAGGAGGGUCUUUUCAAAUUCUGGGUGCUCAGAAACAAAUGUGUGUGUGUGUUGGAAAAGUAUACCAGUUCUUAAUCAUAAGAUCUUCCUUUUGGGGGCACUUAAGCCUGUAUGAGCCACUUCUAGUCAAAUCUACAGUAAUAAUUUCAUGAGCACAUACAACUCUUUCUCUCCUUCCCCCCCCAAUUUAAGUAGAGGUAUUAGAAAUUUAGAAAAUAACAUAAUGUCAAAUUGAGGAAGUUUGCUGGAUAAAUAACUGCCGAAUUCUGCAUUUCUUUCCUGGUGUAUACCUUAGGAAAAACUACGCUGUUUAAAAAUGUUUUUAAUUUAAAACAUGUCCCUUGCAAUGUAUUAUUGUUUGGAAAAUAGGCAUCUUGUCUGUUUCAAUCAGAUUGUUUUAUUUUGUUUGGGCCUCAAACAUGGUUUUAUUGAUAGCAUUUUUCUACUUGCUCAUUCCCAUUAAUUUGGUUUUUUAAAACGAUGUCAACUUACGCUGCAGUUUGCUUUUAACAGCUGUGUUGAAUGAUCUCUCUCGAGACCUCUUUGUGAACAUGAUGGAAAAUGAACGUCAUUUCGAAGGGAUGGAUUGUUUUUAGUAAAGGUCACAAUUCCUUUGGUCGGAUUGGAUUUCUGAAUCCAAGAAGACUGGGCGGAAUUGGAACACAGCUGAUUUGUAAACUUGGCCCAAAUCUCCUUUAACAUCAUGUAUCUAGUUCAGGGAAGAACUGGUUCACACAAGCUGGAAACGAAUAAAGCCGUGACUCUGGAGUUCCUGGUAUGUUCCUUGGAACUGACUCUAAUUUGAGGACAUUAUAUACAGGAAAAAGGGACCUGUUUCCUUUAGGUGAAAUAAAGACAAAUGAGGGGUAGUGCUUCAGAACCCUUGCCUGUAAUCUUGAAAGUCUGAAUGGGGAAUGGUGACAUCAUCUGAAUCAAAAUUAAUAAGGAUUAAGUAAUACAUGUAAAUUCCAUUGAUCGUUCUAUUCCAUCAAAAUUUUCCUUCCUAAUCUGUUCCGCUGGAUGUGUUUGGAGUGUAACUUUCAAAAUGUGACUUCCUGCAGGGCUGCUGGAUGGAGCAGGCUGGUACAAAGAUUCUUGGGGCAGUUUAAAGCAAAUUAUGCCUUGGUGGGAGUAUUUCUCCCAAAACCAAAAUAACUCUCAGGAUCUAACUUUUUUCCUAGAAUAUUGUUUAUUGCAAAGGGAGCCUUUGAAAACAAACACUGUGUUUCUAAGCUGCAAAUUUGUUUUUUCCUCUUCUGCUAAUGUUGUACUGAGAGAUGGGCCACGGUUGUCUAUUUUCAUAGUAAAAGCUUUUCCUUUUUGCCUACA